ACCAAAAACGAAUCUUCAUUGAAAGCAAAAUAAAAAAAACUCACAUCAUUUUCUCUAACCUAGUCAUAGAGACAAAAGACUAGUUUACUAUUUUUACCUCUCUGGUAGGAAAAACAAAGGAAUCACUCUCUGUUUCGAAGAGUUAUGGUGGUUUCAGUGAGCAUACGUUGUCGUUUUGUUCUUCUUCUACUUGCAGUCACUUGCUUGAGACUCUGUUUUGGUGAGGAUAGAAUCACGUUCUCUACUCCGAUCAAAGACUCAGAUUCAGAUACCCUUCUCUGCAAAAGUGGUAUUUUCAGGUUUGGUUUCUUCACCCCAGUUAAUUCCACUACUCGGUUACGUUAUGUUGGGAUUUGGUACGACAAGAUUCCACUUCAAACUGUGGUUUGGGUUGCUAAUAAAGACACUCCAGUCAACGACACUUCCGGUGUUAUCUCGAUUUAUAAAGAUGGAAAUCUCGCUGUUACCGACGGUCGGAAUCGCCUUCUGUGGUCUACGAACGUUACAGUACCAGUGGCUCCGAAUGCUACUUGGGUUCAGCUAAUGGAUUCUGGUAAUCUUAUGCUACAAGAUGACAGAAACAAUGGUGAGACCCUUUGGGAGAGUUUUAAGCAUCCUUAUGAUUCUUUCAUGCCAAGAAUGACUCUUGGGACCAACGGUAUAACCGGAGAGAAUCUAAAGCUUACUUCUUGGAGAAGCCAUGAUGAUCCUUCCACAGGGAACUACACAGCUGGUAUUGCUCCUUUCACGUUUCCUGAGCUUCUUGUCUGGAAGAACAAUGCUAUAUCCUGGCGUAGCGGACCUUGGAACGGUCAGGUUUUCAUCGGUUUACCAAAUAUGGAUUCGCUUCUGUUUCUUGAUGGGUUUAAUCUUAACAGUGAUAAUCAAGGCACGAUCUCAAUGUCUUAUGCUAAUGACUCGUUUAUGUAUCACUUCAACUUGGAUCCGGACGGAGCUAUAUAUCAGAAAGAUUGGAGUACUUCUAUGAGAACUUGGAGGAUCGGUGUAAGGUUUCCAUACACAGACUGUGAUGCAUAUGCUAGAUGUGGUCCGUACGGGACCUGCCAUACCAAAGAAAACCCGCCUUGUAAAUGCGUUAAAGGGUUUGUACCAAAGAAUAGCACAGAGUGGAGUGGAGGGGAUUGGAGUAAUGGAUGUGUGAGAAAAGCUCCAUUGCUGUGUGAAAGACAGAGAAAUGUGAGUAAUGGUGGUGGUGGUGGAGGAAAGGCAGAUGGGUUUUUCAAACUGCAGAAGAUGAAAGUGCCAGUCUCUGCGGAACGGUCUGAAGCUAAUGAACAAGUUUGUCCUAAAGUCUGUUUAGAUAACUGUUCUUGCACGGCUUAUGCUUAUGAUAGAGGAAUCGGAUGCAUGCUUUGGAGUCGUGACUUAGUUGAUAUGCAAUCAUUUUUGGGAAGUGGCAUUGAUCUUUAUAUUCGAGUUGCACAUUCUGAACUCAAAAAACACAGCAAUCUAGCAAUUAUGGUCGCAGCACCUGUGAUAGGCGUUGCGCUUAUUGCCGCGGUCUGCAUUGUUUUAGCAUGCCGGAAAUACAAAAAGCGUCCAGCUGAGCCAGUGAAAGAUAGAAGUGCAGAGCUAUUGUUUAAAAGAAUGGAAGCACUUACAAGUGACAAUGAGUCUGCUUCUAACCAAGUCAAGCUCAAGGAGCUUCCACUAUUUGAUUUUCAAGUUUUAGCAACAUCCACCGAUAACUUCUCUUUAAGAAACAAGCUAGGGCAAGGCGGGUUUGGUCCUGUUUACAAGGGAAAAUUGCCAGAAGGGCAAGAAAUUGCAGUGAAGAGGCUCUCACGGAAAUCAGGACAAGGAUUAGAGGAACUUAUGAACGAAGUGGUUGUGAUAUCGAAGCUGCAACAUCGGAAUCUAGUGAAAUUACUUGGAUGUUGCAUUGAAGGUGAAGAAAGGAUGUUAGUCUAUGAAUAUAUGCCAAAGAAAAGCUUGGAUGCAUAUCUAUUUGACCCAUUGAAGCAAAAGAUUCUUGAUUGGAAGACUCGGUUCAACAUAAUGGAAGGAAUUUGCAGAGGUCUUUUGUACCUUCACAGAGAUUCAAGACUAAAGAUCAUACACAGAGAUCUAAAAGCCAGCAACAUUUUGUUAGAUGAGAACCUAAACCCAAAGAUAUCUGAUUUCGGACUUGCAAGAAUUUUCCGAGCUAAUGAAGAUGAAGCUAACACAAGAAGGGUUGUUGGAACAUAUGGCUACAUGUCACCAGAAUAUGCAAUGGAAGGUUUCUUUUCAGAAAAAUCAGACGUUUUCAGCUUGGGGGUUAUAUUUCUAGAGAUCAUUAGUGGGAGAAGAAACUCUAGUUCUCACAAGGAAGAGAGUAAUCUGAAUCUUUUGGCUUAUGCAUGGAAGCUGUGGAACGAUGGUGAGGCUGCCUCUCUAGCAGAUCCAGCCGUCUUUGAUAAGAGUUUUGAGAAAGAGAUAGAGAAAUGUGUUCAUAUUGGACUGUUAUGUGUGCAAGAAGUAGCAAACGAUAGACCUAAUGUUUCAAGCGUGAUAUGGAUGCUAACUACCGAGAAUACAAACCUCGCUGAGCCGAAGCAGCCUGCAUUUAUAGCAAGAAGAGGAGCUUCUGAGGCUGAAUCUUCUGACCAGAGUAGUCAAAAGAUAUCCAUCAAUGAUGUGAGCCUCACAGCUGUAACAGGGCGUUAAUCUCACCCAGCCAAUCUCAGCCUGUUUAUAUAUAAUAAAUCUGUAAUAUAUACGUUUUGAGAAACUCCUAUGUUUACAAAUUUUGUUAUUCUACGUUUGUUCAAUGGUUAGAUGAAUGAAUAAGAGAUGUAUUUCAGAGAAGUUAUUUUUAGAUUCAACUGAGCUUUGUUGAAACUUUA